GUCCAAUUUAUAAACUUUUUUUUUUACUUCUUCUCCUCCACCCACCUCUGCUCGAUAGCAUGCUCACUUUUUGUCCAUCAGGCAAUGAGACAGGAAAUUUAUUGUCUAUGAAAGAUGACAUCAAUGCAAAAAGCGUGCUUGUGUUUCUCGUUCGCAGACAAAGACGCGCUCAUUGGAGAAACUGCGCUGGGUGGGGAUGAUGGGCGUCAUGAGGUCACAUGUAGAUCGACGGCAUAUAUACCCAAGAUGGGGGAACGUCGAGCGAAGCCACCCCGAGCCAGUGGGGAACUCCGCGGGAAAGCAGCCGACACCAGGGAAGAGAUGAUGGAGAAGCUGGGGUGGAUCUGCCUUUCUCUCGUCAGCCUCUCCGCCCCACUUGGGGCAUUCCCCAUGGCCAGCUCCAGCGAAGCAUCGCUUUGGGUCCCAGCCAUCGACGAAGAUGCCGGCCUCGGUCUGGAGGCCCUAGGCAGCUGGGACAGGCGGUCCCUUCCCCAGAGCCUGACGGGGCUGCUUGAAGCAGAGACAGACAGGCAGGCAGGCAUCAUCCCCAACAAAGCAGUGGUUUCCUUUUCAGAUCGCAGACCCAAAAGCUUCAAGGCAAGAGAAAACAUCAAAGAGGCCCUUCUUGGUAACCUUCCACGGAAAGUCCUGCUCAACCGCUUGCUGCCGGCCAACCGAAAACCGUUCAAGAAACGCGGCAACCUCUCGGAAUGCUUCUGGAAAUACUGCGUAUAACAAGCCAGUGGCAACAGAUCCCCGAUGCUGGUUGCCAUCUACCCCACCUCACCUUGCUCCUUUAUUUAUGAGGCCGAUUCAAGAACUGUAUUAGCAUCUUGCAUCCAUAGGUUUGUAGAAACUUGAAACAUGGUUCAAAUAAAUUCCAUCUCAAGCAGGCAAAAAUACACUCUAUACUCGUUGCUAU